AUGGGCGGCGCGGGCGGCGGCUGGGCGCGCGAGGCGCCGGCGCUGCUGAGCACGGCGCUGCUGCUGGGCGGCGCGCUGCCCGAGCGCCCGGCCGCGCCGCUCUUCACCAUCGACAGCAUCCUGGCGCCGCGCCCGCACCCGCCGCUGCCACCGCUGCAGCUGCAGCACCUCGCGCACUCGCCGUUCCAUAGAGCACAUGACCUCUUUGGUACGUUUGCCAACUCAUUAGCGUUAGUUGGUGUGAGCGGCAGCGCGGUGUCCAACGCAGGCGGUUACGCGGGCCUAUACGGUGGGUACGCGGCAGCAGCACUGGCCGGGCUCGCGGGCCCGCCGCCCAAGCGCAAACGACGGCACCGCACCAUCUUCACGGAGGAGCAGCUCGAACAGCUUGAGAGCACCUUCGACAAGACCCACUACCCUGAUGUAGUGCUUAGAGAACAGCUCGCCUUGCGGGUUGAUUUGAAAGAAGAGAGAGUUGAGGUCUGGUUCAAGAAUCGUCGAGCGAAAUGGCGCAAGCAGAAACGCGAGGAGCAGGAGCGGCUUCGUAAGCUGCAGGAGGAGCGAGCAUGCGGCCGGGCUCCGCUGCUGGCGCGGCCGCCGCUCUCGCCGGCGCACUCACCCGCGCACGCGCCACCAGCGCCCCCCACGCCGCGCCCCUACUCCGACGACUCUGACUCCGACCUAGAAGUCGCCUAAAUACUAAACCACCACCUAACGGAACAUUCGCGGGCUAAUGUUUCUAUAGACUAAUUAACGAUGUACUUUUCAGUAGACAAGUGUUUAAAGGUGCAAUUUCAAGUGUUUUCAGUCCUUCUAAACUCAGUGCGAGAACGACAGUGAACUAUGGUGUUGUGAAACUAAUAAUUCGGACUGGCAGUUAUUUAAAACGUGAAUGAAUUAUAUGUAACUCAACUUACUUGCCUAUACAUAGGAGAAUUAUAACUUAUCGCGUAUUAAGAAUGUAUAAUGUUUAGAAGUUAAUAUAUUACGUGUAUAUUAUGUAUGGUACCAUAGGUAGAAUCAGUGCUUCGAAAUCCUCUUGGAAACACAUUUUCUUUUACUCUAGAUGAACUUUCAAUUAUAAUGUAGAUGUAUUGCACACAUAACUACGAUAAUUUGCGAUCUAUCCCUUGAUGUUCUUAUCUAACUGAUAUAGUAAAGAAAUAAAAAUAUAUCCCGUUCUGAAAAUCUAAAUAAAUGUUUAGCAACGUGUAUUCUGAAGAUGUAAAGAUAGGUUAUCUGACAAAAAACAGAUUUGCUUUCUUAUUUGUUACAAUACGUUCCUUAGAAUCAAAUAGUUGAUACUCCCCAGCUUCUGGAGAAACCAAGAUUACUUUCAUACUUCUUACUUUUAACUAAGCAUUUAUUCUUUUCAAAUGUAUAGAUACACAAUAUGCAUUAUUGUAUUAUUUUGGUGUAAAGUGUAAG